AUUUUAUUUACAAAAUCCCUUCAUCUUCAUAAUUUCUACUCUCUUAAACUCUAAUAAAUUCUUCCAUAAACUAACCAUUCUUCACUCUCUAACCAUAUCACACUCACCUUCUCUAAAACGCUCUGUCGUUUACCCAAUGGCAACAAUACCCAUAAACGACAAAAACAACAACGGCUCCUACCCACCUCCACAAAAUCCUCCUCCCGGCGGUUGCCCCGUCGGCGUUCCCUAUCCCUACGCAGCUCCUCCACGACCCUCAUCAUACCCCACCACCACCGCAUUCUAUCAACAACAACCAGCCACCUUCACUUACCAGCAACCCUCCACCCGGCUGAAAUCCAUCCUAUGCGGCUUCAUCUCCGUCAUAACUGUCAUCCUCGGCAUCACUAUCUUGAUCGGUUAUUUCAAUCUCAAGCCACGUGCCCCUGAGUUCCGAGUCGACUCAGCUUCACUCAGUUCCUUCAACUUCAACGCCUCCGGUCUCACAGCUAAAUGGAAUUUCAGUCUCACCGUCUCAAACCCUAACAAAAAAAUAGAUAUCUCAUACGAAGCCAUUGCCGCCGGUGUGUUUUACAACGCCGGUGAAAAUGAUAUAGGGCUUCUUGCAUCCACUCGUCUUGCACCUUUUCGCCAACCAACACAGAGUAAAACUUCGCUCCAAGUAGAAUUAUUGGUUGUGAAUGAGUUUCUGGAUAACCGCGUUGCUAAUGGUAUUGCCGGCGGACGAGUUCGCGGCGUGGUGAACUUUGGGUUGGGGGUUAAUGCUAUUAUUAAACUCAGUGGUUGGUUACACCCAGGGGAUCAUAAAUUUAAGGUUGCAUGCGAACCUUUGAACUUUGUAAUUUCGUCGCUGGAUAAUAACAAUGCUACCGGCCAAUUGUUGCGUGGUGUAACAUGUGAUUGAUAGAUAUAUCAUGUACUAGGAAUGUUUUUGUUUAUUGUGUUUAAUUUAUGAUGAUGAUGGUUUAAUAAAAUUUAAAGUUCAGUACA